UUUGAUCUUACCUGUUCCUCUAUCCAGCCGCGCGCUGUCUUCCCGGCUUCUGUAGUGUCGGCGCUCGGCAUGACAGCCGGGUGCCCAGUGCGCAUGAGCGAGAAGCACUUGCUCUUUGUGAUUGGUCCGGCGGCUUCUGGGAUCUGUCAUGUGUCCCAGGUACCGCCUUACCAUUCACAAAAAUGCGCACUUGGCACCCGGCUGUCAAGCCCAGCGCCACUACAGAAGCCGGGAAGACAGCGCGCCGCUGGAUAGAGGAACAGGUAAGGUCCCGCUGCAGAGCUGA